UUCUCUCCAGCACAGCCAUUUCUGAAAGUAUCUUAUAUUUUGAAGAUGCCCCAGAAGUUUAUAAACACACACCAAAUUGUAAGCAACAGAUAAAAGGCACAGAAUGACCUGUCCUCUGGGAGUUUAUAUUCUUGCCAAGGGGACAUUAAAGAGCUAAGUACACAGUUACUCCCUGUAUUAGUGUGGGACCUGCUGGGGAGACCGGAUGUAGGGCUGUUAUGGGAAAUGAGGGCAAUCUGGAAGCUUUCCUUGAAGAGGAGACAGGUGGGCUGAUUUUUGCAGGAUAGGCAAAGUAUGUGUAUGUGCAUGUGUGUGUGCAUGCAUGCACAUGUGUGUGUGUGUGUGUGUGUGUGUUGUGGGAGGAAACAGUAAGGGGUGAGUAGGUCUAGGUAGAGAGUGACUUAUGCAAACACCCAGACAUAGGAGCUUAGUAUCAUCUAAGCAAUGGAAGAAACGAGCAGAGCACAGAAUGGCAUAGAGGACAAGUGGCAGAGGAGCUAGUGGUAUGCAGCACAGGGCCCCACACUCGGGGUAUUGUGACCUUAUUAGGGAUUUGGUCCUUAUCUUAAGAGCAACAGAAAACCUCUUGAGAAAUAGACAUAUUUAAAUAACAUUGUCUGACUGCAAUGCAGCAGAUGGAUUAGGUUGGCUAGAGAAGAGUUUUGGUCUUACAAUCUUAUUCAUGAUGCUUACUUUUUUAAUUGAGCUAGUUUAACAUCAACAGGGAAUAUAAUACACAACCUGAGGUUUAUUUUAUUCACACUUUUUUAAAUGCAAAAAGAUAAAGAGAUUGAGAGCUCCUCCUGAACAUUAUUAACGUAAUGGAAUCGUUUUGAAGUAUACACUCACAAGUAGAUGAGGCUUUUACAUCUAUUAAGCUGUUCAGGCAAUUAUGAUGAGGGAUGUUUUCUUUUCUACACUUUACAGACCAUCUCAGUAGAGCAUGUGGCCUGUUAAAAUAACAAGACAGUUUAUGAAAACAGAAAUUAAAGUCAGCAGUGGAAUUUUGGCCAUUAUAAUCUGAAGGCUGCCUCUCUUGCCUGUGAUUUGCCAAAGCUGAAACAGUUGAUGUGUCCUGGCCCAUCCUCAGAGGGCCCGACACGCUGUUCCACUCAGUUCUCCUGGUUGCCAUGUGAUCUCAGAUCUCUGAUGAGUCCAAGAAAAGUUACAACUUUUGCAGGUGGUUGACCAGAUUGACACCCUGACCUCUGAUCUGCAGCUGGAAGAUGAGAUGACGGACAGCUCCAAAACGGACACCCUGAAUAGUAGCUCAAGUGGCACGACGGCCUCCAGCCUAGAGAAGAUCAAAGUGCAGGCCAGCGCCCCUCUCAGUAGGCCCCCAGCUCCCCCGUCUGCUAUCCUCACCGUCCUGAAGAAGCCAAACCCUCCGCCGCCGCCUCCACGGCUGACACCUGUGAAGUGCGAAGCCCCCCGAAGGGUGGUGCCCGCUGUCAAUCCUGCAAAGACCAAUGAAACCGUUCUGCGAAACGGAGGCUUGCCAGGGGUGCCAAACAAAAUCCCAAACGGCGACAUCUGCUGCGCACCCAACAGUAACCCGGACAAGGCUCGGGCGCCGCCACUGAUGCACAGACCUGAAAAAGACAGGUGUCCCCAGGCGGGGCCUCGGGAGCGUGUUCGGUUCAAUGAAAAAGUGCAGUACCAUGGCUAUUGUCCGGACUGUGACGCCCGGUAUAACGUAAAGAACAGCGAGGUGCAUUUACACAGCCAGCCUGUCCACCCCCCAGGAAAGCUGCCUCCCCAGGGCCCUCCCCUCCCUCCUCCACCCCAUCUCCCUCCUUUCCCACUGGAAAAUGGGGGGCUGGGAAUAAGCCACAGUAACAGCUUCCCCCCUCUCAGACCUGCAACUGUGCCUCCUUCCAUUGCACCAAAACCACAGAAGACCAUCUUGAGGAAAUCAACUACCACAACAGUGUGAUGUAUGCCAUUUAAAACACUUUUUGGUUUUUUUUUUAAUUUCUAUAUUAUAAACAUAAAAUAAUAAGUAAUGAGCACUUUCUACUCAAGCAAUAAAAAGCCCAAAUAUAUUAUUCCUGCGUUCAGCAAAGUGGCAUAAAAAUCACUUGGUAAGUAUGCAGUAUGUUGUUUAUAUCCUGGGUAUGCAUUUUUUCAACCGUUGCAUUAUCCAAACCACAAAACAAUGAUAAGGUUGCCUCUCUUGUUCUUUCAAUGGACCUGUGGCAAACACUGGCCUGUCCAUUUCAAAUAGUUUGGGUUGCAAUAAGAGAUGGGAUUAGACUCAGUUUAUUCAUGCCUAACUCACAUGUGCACUAUUAACAUGUCAUACAUACUCUUGGACCUAAUGCUUUUUAAUAAGAAAUUGUAAUACUGAAGAAUUAUUUUAUUAUUUUUUCUAAAGAUAUUUGCCACUACUCUGGCAUUAUUAGACACUCUUGAGGACAAUACCAAAACAUUUAUUUUCUAUACCAUGCAAUUUGAUUCUCUGUUCGGCUAUAUAUGUAAUGAGGGACUCGGUGGAAAUAUCAUGUCAAUAAACAAUAGUAAACAAUGGCAAAA